AUGCUCUCAGUGCAAUCACUUCCGUCCCCUGUGUGGGAAGGUUACUCGAACGUACCCUACCUUCUCCCACCUUCCCACACCCUGGACACAGUUUUGAUCCGUCCGUGGGAACAAAGAAACGAAGACGUGCGAAGGCUGUCGACUUUUCUCAGCACAAUCAAAAGCCCGCCUUCGCCAGUCCACAUCAAGGCCUUCCUCGGCACGAUCGCAAGCCCGCGUUCGCCAGUCCAGAUCGAGGCCUUCCGCUGCGCCUCCGACAUCAAUCCCGGAACCUACGCCACUCGCAGAAUCGACCGCAGUCUCCCAUUCUAUGCCCUCGCACAACGCAGCCGUUAG